GGUUUAUAAGGGGAGAUCACUCUUAAGUAAUCACUGUGUAAACAGUCCAAAACACGAGAACUUCGAUAUUAGGGUGAUUUUAUGUAGAGGAGACUAGGAGUAGGAAAUAGAACAGUCUGGUGCUACUCUUUGUAAUUUUUAUCUAGAUCUAGCAGCUGAGACAGCAAAUUGAUCUAAAGUAUUCUAAAGAUAAGAUCUAGUAGAAUGACAGACAUUGAUCCUAAUUCCUAUUCCGAACCUCGAAAAGCUGUAGUUACCAAACUUGACUGGGAUGUGAGCAUCAAUUUUGACAGUACAACCGUCAGUGGGUAUGCCGAGUUGACUGUGGACAGCAAAGUGGAUGUUUUGGAUACCUUGGUCCUUGAUUCAAGAGAUUUAGUUAUUGAAGAAAUUCAAGUGAAAGAAACUGGAGCCACUUGUAAUUAUGAAAUAACAAACCCAUUAAAGUUUGAAUUUGGUUCUAAGCUGAUCAUAAAUCUAAGUCAAAUAUCAUUGAAGAGCUUCACUCUGCGUAUUAAGUACAGAACUGCACCUAAUGCUUCAGCUUUAACAUGGCUUCGUAAAGAGCAGACAGCAGGCAAAAGACACCCAUACCUGUACAGCCAAUGUCAGGCCAUUCAUGCUAGGAGUUUGUUCCCUUGCCAAGACACACCCUCAGUCAAGUUUACCUACACGGCUAAGAUUCAUGCUCCAAAGGAACUUACAGUCCUCAUGAGUGCUAAAAGACUUGGGACAGAGCCACAGUCCAGCAGUGAGAUGGUCACCACAAAGUUUGAACAGAACAUUCCAAUCCCCAGUUAUCUUGUGGCCAUAGUGGCUGGCGAUAUAGAAUGCAGAGAUCUUGGACCAAGAUCUAAAGUCUGGUCAGAGAAAGAACUUGUUGACCGGGCAGCUUUUGAGUUCUCUCAGACUGAAGACAUGCUGAGAACAGCAGAACAACUUAUGGGUGACUAUGUGUGGGGUCCAUAUGACCUAAUGGUGUUGCCUCCAAGUUUCCCCUAUGGUGGGAUGGAGAAUCCCUGUCUUACCUUUGUGACUCCAACUCUACUGGCUGGAGAUAAAUCAUUGGCAGACGUCAUUGCACAUGAGAUCUCUCACAGCUGGACAGGAAACUUGGUCACCAACAGUAGCUUUGAGCAUUUUUGGCUUAACGAAGGUCACACCAUGUUUCUAGAGAGGAAAAUUCUGGGACGACUGCAUGAUCCUCUUCUAUCUCAGCUCCAUGCACAUCAAGGUUGGAAAAGUUUUAACAAAAAUCUAAAAGAUACUAAAGUUCCCUUUACCAAACUAGUCCCUAAUCUCAGAGGUGUCGACCCAGAUGAUGCUUUCUCUCUUGUGCCUUACGAAAAGGGCUUUGCUUUACUCUACAGCUUGGAGUUGCUGUUGGGUGGUCCAGAUGUAUUUGAACCAUUUCUGAGAAAAUAUGUUGAACAUUUCAAGUACAAGUCAAUAACAACAGCAGACUGGAAAGAAUAUUUGUUUCAGUAUUUUUCUUCUGAAGAAAAUCAAAAGAAACUUUCAAGUUUUGACUGGGAAACUUGGCUACAUGGCGAGGGGCUGCCUCCAUACCAACCAAACUAUGAUCUGUCUUUGGCUAAACCAAGUGAUGUGUUGGCACAGAAAUGGCUCCAACAACCGGAAGAUAGCCUCGAUGUUUUCACCGAGGCAGACAUUAGUAGUCUUUCAAGUAUCCUUAUACUAGAAUUUGUGUCCAAGCUUCAUCUAGCAGAACCACCUGUAUCACUGGCUAAAGUUAAACAGCUGGAGCUUGUCUACAAGUUUAAUGGUGUGAAAAACUCUGAACUAAGAUUUGAGUGGCUGAUGCUGUGUAUCAAGGUAAAGUGGGAAGACUGUGUCCCUCACGCUCUGGACUUUGUUAAUGAACAAGGCAGAAUGAAGUUUGUGAGACCAAUUUACAAGAAACUGGGUGUAUGGGAGUAUAGCAGACCAAAAGCUAUUGCAAACUACAAGCUUCAUAGAGAAGAGAUGCACAACACUACUGCCAUGCUGGUGGCUAAAGAUCUCAAUCUAGAUGAAAAUGAAAAAGAGUGACCAGUAUAUUGCAACAUUCCAUCAAGCAGCAGAAAAAGAAAUUGAGAACAUAAUUUCAAGUAUAGUUUAGUGAAGAAUAAAACAAAGUUUUUUUAACGUUUUCCCUGGAAAUACAUUUCAGGAAAAAUUUUUUUUUUUUCAUAGUAUAUUUUUUUCAAGAGUUUGUAUUUUUUAAAUAUGCAGCCAAACAAUGUAUUUAAAUACAAGUGAAUAAUAUACAAUCUAAACUAAUUGUGUAUACUCUUUUCAUUUAAGCCAAACAAUGCUUGUUAAGUUUAUCAAACAAUUAAACAGCACAUAUAAUAUGUCAAGAAAAUUCAUAUAAUGAGGUUUUGUAUAAAGAUAGUUGUCAAAUCGGCCAAUCAAAUUUGAAGUCUAAAAGGUUAUGUUGUACACCAUGGGACAGUUAUUUGGUUUUGAACCGAGUUCUUAUACUUCAUAUUGAGAUUUAUUUUUUUUAUUGGAUAUUUUCCAAAGAUGUGUGAUUGCCACUUUAACUUAACCAGAACAUGGUAAAAUUGUGAAAAAAUAGCAUGCUUAGAUUUGAAAAUUGGCCAUUUUGUCGUAACAAAGUUAAAAUUUCCAUAAAUAAAACUCUGGUGCAAGAUUUAUUUGCAAGAUUUAUUCGUAUUUUGAGUAAAUUGAACAUUGUUUAUUUGUUACUGCUAUAAACAAUUAACUGGAUGAUUUUUUUAUUUAAAGUAUUCCAUUUAUCUUGUUAUUGUUACUAUAUUACUUAAGUUAUAUUUUACUUCUUCUAGGUUUAUUGUAUUCCAAAAUUCUAUUAAUGUUAUGUAUCAUGUGAUAUAUAAACUCUAUAGAUAUUUUUUCA